CAAAAACUGCAUUCUAUCUGCCAGCCACUACCUCCAUCAUGGCCGACGUACGUGCACUAUUGCGCAAUGAGCUCGCAUCACGAGCGUCUGCUACCGACAGGCAGAAAAAGAAGAGAAAGCUCGAGUCCGCACCCACAGAAAUACGCAAAAAGCUCAAACCGAUUGACCAGACUGAGGAAUCAGCAGGAGAAGAAAAUGAGAAAGAGAAAGCAUCGCCUACUGAAGAAACAGGCCCGUCCCCAGAUAUUGCGAUAGUGCCAGCGGCGAACGCUGCGACAGAAAACCCCCUUCCACUGCCAGCACAAGCCACAGCUUCAACAAAACAGCAGGAGGCACCUCAAGCUAUUGAUGAAGACGAAUGGGCAGCUUUCGAGCGUUUCGUUGCUGCACCUACCAGGAUACAAGUUCCUGCCGCUGUUUUGAACUCCGGUGCCACAAUAUGCGCCGCACCUGUCUCAGCUGCUGAAUUGGCCAAACACGAGGAGGCACAGCGUGAAUCGCGGACAAAGGCUCGCGAGGCUGAAUUGCAGGGCGAACAGGAAGAGGCUACACGGUCGCUUGAAGAAGAAUUCGAUGAGAUGGAGCAACUGGACGAACGUGUUAAACGACUGAAGGAAAAACGGGAAGAAAUAUUGAGACGCCGACAACAAGGUUUACUGAAGGACAUGGUGAACUCUGAAGGCGAUUCAGUACGAGGGAAUAUUGAAACCCCUGGAAGCGGAAAUGUAUUUGAGUACGAAGAGGAUGAAGACAUCGAUGAUGAUGAUGAUGAUGAUGACGAUGAUGAUGAAUGGGACAACUGGCGCUUCAAAUAAUGCCAAUGAGACGUGAUGGCACAUCUGAAUUUCCAAUGCCCAGUUUACUAAAAUUAUGAUACCCUUCUCCGUUAAUCGCUUUGUCAAAAACCACUAUGGACGUGCUGCUAGCAGGAAAAUGAGUCAGGAUACCAAGAAAUGUAUGAGAGACACUCACAGUGGCAUAGUGUGUUUGAUGAUAGCAUUAUAUAGUUACUCCAUGCUCCCUUUCGAUGCCUUGAUCAUGAUGGAUCUGCCUUAGACUUUUGCUUCAGAGUAACUGCUCUGAUUGUUCUACCACUUUAUUUGCUUUACCUCCCUAAAAAGUAUUUAAUAAUUUCAGUUUUCCAAUGAUUCCAACUCG